ACCACCUAUUUUCAUGAGUACCCUUUGAUUGGGUAUACAAUUUUGUGAAUAAAAUUACCAAUAUUAUUACCAUCCAAUACAAGUUUGCAACCAUUAUAUUAUUGUAAUGUGUGAACUUUGAUCUAAGUAAGUAAGCUAUUAUUUUGCAAAUUUUGAGAAGGAACAUAACUAUAUUUGGGAACAUUUCGUAAUUUGAAUCAUUGCGAAAAAAAAUUAUAUACCUGUAACUUUUACAACAAUUAAAAUAAAAAUAUUUAAAUUCAAGCAUGUAACAACAAUUGAAGUUAUGAAACAUUAAAAAUUGAUUGUUGCAUGGUUCACUGUUGUUGCUGAAAAAUCAUAAUCAUGGGUGACCUGGACGACAAGAGUCCUCGCAAAUCGGCGGAGCAGCUGCGUCAGGACGUGGCCCUGUCCCUGAAGAACAAUGGGGCCAACACGCGCGCACCCUGUCCGAUGGCUGACGCCAUCUUUGAAUCUCUGUUUGGCCGUCUCUGGAUGCAGUCGGACGUUAUCAGGGCACACAAGCCUGCGGAACAAAUCUUCGAGCUGCUCAAACUGGACCACGACGCCACCCUCGACUUCUUCAGGAACCGUCGUGAGUCAACCCUGAGAAAGACGGUGUUCGCCGAGGAGGACGAGGAGUUGCAGGAAAUUCGCGCAGCCGUCACAGCCGCUGAGACCAAACUGGCCGCCUUGCAGAAGAGCCUGAAGGAAGUGGAGGAGCAGGAGAAGCUUGAAAUGGCCAACUGGUUGGCGCAGUACGGCGUCGAGCGGCUGGUGCUCCAAGAACGAAUUUCGGUGCUCAAGGCCUGGGAAGGGCGCGUCAACGCCAGGGUCGAGCAGUUGGACGAAGACAGGGACCUGCUCGACACCACCAAUGACCUCCUCGGUUGGGUUCAAACCCUUUGAAGCGGCGUUUGUUUAUUAAAGUUUAUCUUUCGCUUA